UUUUUCGGUUCAUGCUAUAAAGAGCGUCACUAUACUUACUGCAGUCCAUAUUUAUCUGUUUGUUAUAUCACUCAUUCAUUUAGUUUAAUUAAAACUGUAACUACAUGACGCACCUAGCUGUUAAAAUAUUUUAAGAUAGUGGAAAAAAUAAUGAGAUCUGUGCCAUGUUACUUUUAUAGUCUAAUUGAUGAAAUAAAAAAUAAUGGAGUCUAAAAAUAGGUGUUUAUCCCCAUUUUUCAUACAAUGUUUCGUCACUUUCGGCGUGUCCCUGAACAUGGCGGGAAUGGGCCUUGUGAUGGGCUUCGUGACCGCAUUACUCCCCCAGCUGCGUCUCCCUGACUCCAUCAUCGCCAUUGACGAUUCCUCCGCUUCUUGGAUUGCUUCUCUACCAGGAUUCUCCGUGGUCGUCGGAAACUUUAUAGUACCGAGCAUAAUGGGCACUUUCGGGAGACGCACAGCCAACCUCUGCAGCUUGGCCAUGGCGGCCAUUGGCUGGAUCUGCAUCGUUUUUUCCAACUCUGUCACGUUGCUCCUUCUCGCCCGCUUUCUCCAAGGCCUUGGCAUGGGAAUGAUCGCUGCAUUAGGACCUGUCCUUAUCGGAGAAUACACCAGUCCUAAAAAUCGAGGGUUGUUCCUAAUGACCAUAUCUGUAACUGUCAGCAUGGGAGUUUUCGCGAUUCAAACCUUAGGAGCGUACUUGCCAUGGAAGAUUUGCGCUUUAGCGUGUAUUGGAAUAGUUUUGUUUAAUAUGGCGGUGGUCGCGCUGUCUCCUGAAUCACCGACGUUUCUAGCCGACAAAGAAAGGUAUGAUGAGUGCAGGAAAAUGUUCAAAUACUUAAGAGGUGAUUCGGAGAAUGAAGAACUAGAGAAGAUGAUUACGACAAGAAUGAUGGCGAAAAAACAGCAAAUCGAUAAAGUCGAGACAUUUGCUGAGAAGGUGUAUUUUAAAGUGAAUUAUUUGAAGCAGACUUUCAAGAAGAAGGAGUUCUAUAAACCGAUAUUGAUAAUGUUCCACAUUUUUACUAUGUCCCAGUGGAGCGGAGUCAAUAUAUUAACUUCAUACACUGUUGUACUUUUCGAAGAAGUAAUUGGUUCAAGAUCAGGAAUAAAUAUACCAUUGAUGAUAGUGCUAAUUGGAGCGUUAAGAAUCAUGGAAAAUAUAAUAGGAAUGGUAUUCAUAAAGUUGUUGAGAAGGCGGGUGAUGUUGUUUAUAACGAUUGCAAUAAACGUGACAGCACUCUUGGCAAUAGCUGGUUACAGUUACGCCAGAGUUUGCAACUGGCUGCCUUAUGAUAUGCCUGUGGUUGGUACAAUUUUGAUUCACAUUCACAUGUUCUCAGUAGCCACUGGAGCUCUUCCAUUAGGAUAUGUUUUAGCUGGAGAAUUAUUUCCCAUGGAGUAUAAAGGACUGUGCGGCAGCAUCAGUAUGCUAUUCUUUUCAAUGAAUCUCUUCGUGAAUAUGAAAACUGUGCUUGUAUUAGUGAAUUCCUGGGGCUUGUACGGAAUGUAUUGUUUCUAUGCUGGUGUCAUGGUGUACUGUUUGAUAGUCGUAGGAAUGUUGCUCCCGGAAACUAAAGAUAGGACUCUGCAAGAUAUAGAAGAAGAUUUCAGAUGUAGAAAACAAUAGUAACUAGAUACUUGUAUAUAUUUGCAUGUUUUUAAUAAAACAUAUUUUAUUUC